AUGGAUGUUGCUGUGAAUGCUGGAAAGCGCAGCAGAACAAACCCAGAUGGAGCUUCACCAAGGGCCAAUAUUAAAAGACCUAGGAGAGGUGAGGUCAACUUCCUUCCUUCUUAUCCUUCUGGAGAAACAAGGGAGUCUCUGGAAACCAGAAGACUUGAGAUGGUAGAAGAGUUCAAGAAGACCUCAGCAGAAAGUGACAUCCCUCUCAUUCAUCAGUAUAUGAUGCGCACUUUUGCACUCCGGCGUGAAGAGAUUGUCACAACUUCUCCUCCUGUAUCAGAGCUCAAGGACAGAUGGCCAGCACUCUUUCAUGAGACACAGCUGAUUGGACUAUACAAAAAGAGGAAAACUGGACGGGUCGGUGAAAGGAUGGAGCAGCUUUUGUUGGCAUAUGGAAAACAGGAUGAAAUUGAGUUCUAUGAAGCCACUAUUGCUCUGGUUGCUGAUGUCGAUGAAGAGGAGGUGCCUGGAGGAGUUCCUUUCUCACUACGCCAAGUGUUCAUAGUACUUGAAGAUCAGGUUGUUAUGACUCAUCACUCAUGGACUGAUGCACUGGUGUGUUUGUUUGGGCUAAUCUAUGCUCUGCAUCUGAGCUAUCCUGAGAAGUGUACUGGCUUUUUUGAGUUCAUUCAAGUAGCGUGGCUGAAGCUAGACGAUGAGAGAAAGCAACUAAAACCAAAAUUGCAGACACUAAAAAAUGAGCUUGUGUAGAUGAUGUUUGUUUUUCACUGUCAGUAUAUUCGUGCUUUUUCAGUUAUCUGUGAAUGGCUUCAAUAGUUUUAUUUGUUCAGGGUAAUUUGCUUUCUAAAAAGCAAUGUGGAGAAAGCUAAGAAUAAGGAGACAAUCCAUAUUUGACGUUUUGUUUGUGAUUGAAAAAAAUCUUCACAUAGUGUAGUUACAUGGAAAUC